GGAGGUGCGCUGCCCCCUGGCGCGGUUCCCGCUUACCCAGCAGUCGAAGGUGAACGACUGUGUGUUGUCAGUGCUGCAUGCCAUAUCUGUCGUGCUUGACUGUUUUCAAUGUUACGUGGCCCGUAGAGACUGUACUCUCUGCGACCCGGGCGCUUGUGUCUACACGUAUUGUGCUCUGGAAUAAUCGCCAAGUGGAUUUCACGAACGCGUACCCCCCUGGGCCACUCGUCGCCAGGGCUGUCUUGAUUGAGACUAAGUACGAGAAGCACUGGACUGCAUACUGUGAACAGUCAGAGCUCUGCAGCACCAUGCGCUGCAGCCAGCGACACCGCAAGCAUCUUUGUGUCUGAUCUCAAGGGGUCUGUCCCUCCUCGGACAACCUGACGACGAUGUCCUCAUCAAGCUGCUUAGACGUGAAUGCGAGGGUGAUCGCCCCCUGCUUCACUACAAGAGAUGACUUCCACUUCCCACCCCCCGCACCCCAACACUGGGCCCGCGGGCAUCGCCGUACCAAGAGCGCUGGCAACUAUGGUGUGCGCGAUCCCAGCCUCUACACAUGCAUGGGGUUGUAUUCCCAUCAUGCUCCCCUUUCGCCACUGGCCCAAUCAGCAUCCACUAUUGCCCUGGCGGGAGGAGAUGGGACGGCACAGUACAGUCGACCACACCAUCAUCACCACUACCAUCACCAUCAUCACUACUACCACCUGCAUCACCAUGGUGUACCUCUGGUGCCUUUACAGCAACCAAGUCACGUGGCAGAAGUCACAUACUGCAGUGGGGUUGAUUUUGCAAGACCUGAGCAUUAUUCAGAAAGGUUGAUGAGUAAUGACAGAGAUGUGGUUGACCCAAACCUUCGAGAGUGUGGCAUCCUGAGCUGUCGUCCACGGUUUUUGCAGUACUUUGCCAGCAUUCGAGUGUUUGUAUUUCUAGCUUGUGUCCUAGUUACACUGCAACAGGCUCUUUCUACAGGAUAUGUAAAUAGUGUAAUUACAACCAUAGAGAAGAGAUUUGAUAUCCCUAGUCGGGUCUCAGGAGCCAUUUCCAGUUCUUUUGAAAUUGGUAACCUCCUGACCAUUAUUUUUGUGAGCUACUUGGGAAGCCAACGUCACAUUCCUGUGUGGAUUGGCAAAGGGACCAUAGUGAUGGCUAUUGGGUCGUUUAUUUUCUCCUUGCCAUAUUUCAUUGACCAAACGAGCUUGUCUGGCAUCUACAAGAUGAAUCUCACAUUGCCCGAGGAUGAGAACACUUGCCAUAUGCCUUCUGCUGCCAUGGUGCCAGAGCAUUCUAGCCACUUCAUAAAUCCUCCGCUAUCCCCUGAGGCAGAGAAGACCUGCAUGGACGGGCGAUCUUCCAACGGACUUUAUAUUUUUAUAUUUAUGAUUGCGCAAAUUUUGAUUGGUUGUGGGGGUACCCCCAUAUUUACACUGGGAACAACAUAUAUAGAUGACCAUGUCAGGAAAGAAAGUUCCUCUAUGUACAUAGGCUGCAUGUACAGCACAGUAGCAUUUGGCCUAGUAGUCGGAUACUUGCUCGGAGGCUACCUGCUGUCCCACCACGAAAAUGCCUUUCUAGGGGGCAUUGUGCCCCAUGAAGUCUUCCACGGAAGCCAGAGAUGGAUCGGCGCUUGGUGGGUGGGCUUCGUCAUCUGCGGGUUACUGCUCUUGUUCGUGGCAGUGCCGUUCUUUGCAUUCCCUAAGACACUUCAGAGGGAGCGAAUGCGUCUAAGGCGGGAGGAAGAGUAUCUCAACAGUAACAAGAUGGCGGUUGGCAUAACCCAAAAGAUGGAAGUUUGGAAGCCACCUGGGGCUCAGCAGCAGAGCACCACAAAUGACCCACCACCAGACAAACAAAACUAUGGUAGACGAGUUAAAGACAUCCCAGCAUCCAUGUGGCAUCUGUUAUGCAACCCCAUCUACAUGGUUACUUGUCUUGGCUCGUGCAUGGAACUAGCCAUUGUUAGUGGCUUUGUGGUGUUUCUCCCAAAGUAUCUAGAAACACAGUUCAAUAUUGGAAAGUCUCAGGCAAAUAUUUUCACUGGAGGAAUUGCCAUCCCUGGUGCCUGUGUUGGGAUUUUCUUGGGUGGCUACGUGUUGAAGAAGUUUCAGAUGAGACCCAAAGGAGCUAUACAGUUUGUGCUGUUCUUCAACCUUGUCUGCAUGGGUCUUUACACCCUCCUUUAUUUCCUGGGCUGCGACAACAUUCGUAUGGCUGGUGCGACACUGCCUUACUUCAACAACAGUAGCGAAUUGGACACAUUUCAAGUGAACCUGACAGCGGACUGCAACAUGGGCUGCCGUUGCUCUCCCAAUGACAUUGAACCCGUGUGCGGACGAAAUGGCAUCACCUACUUUUCACCGUGUCAUGCAGGCUGUAGGGCCGGUGCAGGAAAUGGUCCACAUCAAAACUACACCUUCUGCGCCUGCAUACUGCCCAAUGUGACAGUAAACCCUGAGGUCACAGCAGUACCGUUGGCCACUAGUGGACCGUGUCCUCAGCCGUGCCUGGCUUUCAUACCUUUUAUGGUGCUCCUAUUUGCCAUGACACUUGUGGUGUCCAUAACACAGAUGCCUCUGCUAAUGAUAAUUCUACGGUCAGUGGGAGAAGAAGAGAGAGCAUUUGCCCUUGGAAUGCAGUUUGUCAUCUUCAGGCUAUUUGGCUAUAUUCCUGCUCCCAUAAUGUUUGGAAACGUGAUAGAUUCAUCCUGCAUCCUGCGAAAAGCACACUGUGGAAUUCCUGGAGGAUUCUGUUUGGUGUACAACAUUGAACAGUUCAGGCUAAGGUAUAUCGCCGUGUGCUCAGGGCUUAAAGUAGCAGCAGGGCUGCUGUUCUUCUUCGAUUGGCUGCUCAUAACCUGGCGUCACAAGCAAGAGCUAAAGGAAACGCCACCUUUGACCAUGGGAGAGAUAGUCUCCUCCAUAAUAUCCCUCGACCGCCUUUCUGCGCUCGGGUGGGGUGAAGCUGAACAUCGGGACGACGCGGUUCCUUUGGAUUGCUGUGCUGAGGAGGACGAGAACUGCACGCUGAACGGGUCAAACUGUCAGAACCACUAUCCGCUGUUGAGGAUAUCUUCCCAGUCAGCAUCGUCCGAUGCCCAUUGUUGAACGCUUGAAGGUUUCCCCUUUUUAUGACACAGUACAACACCUGUCGAGAUUGUUUAGGCCUUGCAAUGACCCGUUACUUUGUGCGAUAAGUCCUGGCCUUUUCCUCUUUUUUUUCUUUUUUUUUUUUUUCGGAUGUAUCGAUGAGGGAGAAUUCUCGCACAUAUGAAAGUUUGAUGCCUGUAAAUUAUGAGAUGAGUGGCAUUUUUAAACUUAUUUUGAGAACAUAGAUUUAACGAUAACUGAUAAGAUCCUUUGUUGUGCUUGCAUUGUUCAGUUGGACAGUGAUUUUAUCUUUUCUUGUUUGGCCCUUAGCAGGGACAUUGCAUUCACACAAUAAGUAAAUAAUGUUGGGCUCAAAAUUUCCAGACUCUCUCCCUGGAAUAUUUUUGAAUAACGAGAAACUUUUGCACGAGGCACUAUAGAAGAAACGGUAGCACUGUACUGCAGUUGUAUUUUAGUCAGUCCUAGAGCAUGGUUGCAGUUAGGUGUAUGUGACUACAGUUGUUGGUGGUGCGAUGCAAUUAAUUUAAUUCAAUUAUUUACCAGUUUUCCAGCUAGCAGAUGGCAGAUUAGUCAUUCUCAUUUUUGUGGAAUCACACAUCGAGAUCACAAUUUCCUUUUCUUUUUUCUUUUCUGCCUCGUAUUUGCGAUGGUGCCGUGGACCAUAUUUGAUGUGGAUGUGAACAGAAGCUGUUUGCAUUUUAUACACUUGCUGGCAUCUAUGGUGACUGUAAAGUAGACAUGAGACUAUUGUACUUUAUGUUAGGACAUGUAGUGCUAAAAUUGAAAUCAACACUGUGCAUGAAUAGAACUAUACUAACGGUUUCAGCACAAUGUAUUUUACCUCUCCACGAAAUACUCACUACUUCAUGCCACAAAUUCAUAUCGAAUCUCCACUCACGUCUUCCACACGGAUGGAAAAGUUUCUUAAAAUUCACUGUUAUAGUAGACUGCACCAACUACUCUACUAACUACUCAAAUUUAAACCGUUCAUCUUGGGAGGGGGGGGGGGGGGG